UGUGAAGUAAGAAAUAAAUUCAAAGCUAUUCUGUCGUGCCUCAAAAAGUUCCUGCAUGAAGAAUGACGUCAGAAGCUGAUAUACCAGAAUCCUUAAAUAUGCAAGCAAGAGAUGAGGAAGAUAUAGAUAAGACAGACAAGCAAUGCAUCUUAAACACAGACAACCAUCCAAAGGAGCACGCUACCAUAGAAAAUGUGUUGCAGGCACAUUAUAAGCAAACAACUGGGACAAAUGAUGAGGAGGAAAGAAAAACAAACAUCACUGUAGGAAAUGGAAGCAGUGAAUAUACAGAAGGUGAAUCUUUUAUGUACCCACCAACUGUUGAAAAGGUUGCUUAUGAAGACACUGUAAGACAGUCAAAAGAUUUCACAGAAGCAAUAUUAGAUGAUGCAAUAACCACGAUAUCAAAGACCAAAAUCCAGCAGGACAGUAAGAAGCUUGCAACUGCAGAAGAUGCAGAUGAGCUGCCAACUGGAAGACCAGGUCUAGAUGAAAAGGGCAGAGAGACUUCAGAUAGCAUGAAAAUUGCUAAUCAAGAACCUAAAAGUGGACAUCAUAAUGAAGAAAAGGAAAGCGACAUCAAAACUGACAAUGAUGCUUAUAAUGAAAAUCAGGAUAAAUUAAAUUUACAUGAAAUUAAGACAGUGGAACUUCCAGUUUGUGUCUUUGAGCAAUUGGAGGGCUUAAAAAUCGAUUUGAAAUCAGAAGACUUGGAGAAAACAUUCACAGAAGCAGUCAAAGGACCAAGGACCAUGACACAGAAAGAUGAAGAAGAGAAGGUGGAUUCCACUGGACUUGCAGAUAUUAGCGUGUUACAUACAUUUAGUUCCCCAACUGACAGUAAUAAAGAGUCAAUCUCAGAAACCAUAAAGGAUAUGAAGGAGCUAGGUGUCAGCUCUUGGGAGAACAUCAAUACAGUCGGGGAAAAGAAAGGUGUAAAUGAAGUUGGCAAUAAUAAUAAUCUAGAAGAGGUUGAAGAUACAAGUAGAUCAAAUAUAAUGUUGACGGAAAUAACUGACGCUGAAGGUGAGAACUUUGAAAGUAAUACCAACAGCCACAGAGACAAAAUUCAUCCAGAUGAAGGGGAUCAAAAUGAACAAGAUACUUUCAUAUCUGAAACUGACUCAGGAAAUUCUGUCAAGGGGCCUCCAGAAAGUGCCAUGGAAAUUCCUGAAAAAUGCACAGUAGAAGCAGCGAUGAGGCAGGAGGGAUUAGAGACAGAAAUUCUGGAGGAAGUUUUGAAAUUGAGCUCAGAAUACAUUGAGGCAGGUGAGACAACAGACGAUGUCACAUACUCUGAGCACGGAGAAACAAAGUCGGACAUUGUUUCUUCAGAGGAUCAAAGAAAUGAAAACCACACAGUGGGAGCAGGAAAUUGUCAUGCAUCUAAAAUUUCUCAAGAUAAUGAAGAUGAUUUACUCUUUAGCAAUAACACAGAAGCUAUAGACAGAGGGGAUGAAAAGAAAAAUUUAUACACUGAAUCUCAACAAGAACAAGAAAAUCAAAAGAUUGAACUUUCAAAAGAAGAGAGCUUUCCCAAAGAUCAAGCCUCUGAAGUAAAUAAAACCAAAGAAUUCACACAUUCCGAAGUGAACUCUGAUGAAGACAUGAAAAAAAAUGGUGCUGACUUUACAACAAGUGUAACUAAAGAAGAAAUGAUGCAAGAGUUUAUGGAGUCUGAUCCAGAAAAAAGACUAGAGGUGCAAAAUGAGAAGGAAUCAACAGAAGCUAAAACCAAAGGGCAGGCUUCCGACAACCAUUUACAAGAAAGAAAAAUAGCCAGUGCAGGUGAUGCAGAGGAGGAAACAAUCUGUAAAUACGAUUCUACAUCAGUCAAUAUUUCUCCAGAACAAUCAGCUGAGAGAACUGAUCAAUCGAGCUUUGAGGUAAAAGAAGCAGAAAUCAGCAGGGAGAAGAAACAAUGCAUUGAUCUAGAUGACUUCCAGAGUAAAAAUCCAACUACUGAACAGGAUCAAAAUGGAUCAACACUCUUGGAGGAAUAUACAUAUGAUGUUAUCAUGCAAGAUUCUACUGACAGAAGUAUGGAUGACAGCUUUCCAAAAGAAAAGCUACAGAAUCAAAUAUCUGACGAGAACCAUUCUGAAAAAGCAGAAACAAACCAAGAGAUUAUUGAAAAUUCUCCAAGACAGGAUGAAGUUACCGAGAUUUUAAAUGACAGUAUGAAGUUUAUUGAAGCAGAUGCAACAAUAGACAAGCAACAUGAAAAUCUUGAAGAUGAGGAUAUAUACAAUCUAAUAAAAAGUGUUCUGACAGAAAAAGACAUAAAAGCAGAAUUAGGUAUCAUUGAAGUACAAAUGGAUAAAAAUACAUAUGCACAAAUUUGUUCCGACGAGAUUCAUGAAGAAAAAACAGUCGCCAAGAAGGAGAUUGUGAAUCAAAGUUCUAAAGAGAGCAACUCUUGUAGUGAAAAACAAGGUCAAGAGAUCGCUGAAGCAUGUACACAAGUUCUGAGGAAUGACGAAUGGAAAAGGAUUGCUUGUGAAGACAUUCAAGUCAAUGAAGUUGAGGAAGAAGCAGCUAUUGAUAAACAAAAAUGUAGCAAAGAGACUGAGGAUCAGACAACAAAUGGUGACUCCACAGACAUGGUCGAUGGAGUAGAUUUUAAACAAGAAAAUGAGAAUCUCAUAAGCAUGGUGGAAGAUAUGAAUCAGGUCACAAAUGCUGAAUCAGACAAUUUAAACGUACUAGAAGACAAGCUUCAUGAACAAACUGGUUACAAUCCGGAUCACAAAACAGAAGUGGACAAUAAUGUGGAAUAUGUGAAUCAAAGCUCUGGAGAGGGAAACUCUUGCAAUGAAAAACAAGAUCAACAGAAGGCUAAAGCAUCUACACCACAUAUAGAAGCAGAAUUUGCCAUUUCAAGAAAAGGUGAAUGCACUAGGGUUUCUAGUGAAGAAGUUCAAGUAAUUGAAAUUGAAGAAGAAGCAGCUAUUGAUAAACAGCCAUUUACAUCAAAGACUCAUACCAUACCUGAGGUUGGAGAAGAGAUUUUACUAGCAAAUGCAAAUUCCAAGAGUGCAUUGGAAGACUUGAAUCAGGACAAAAAUGCUCAAUUGAGCAGCACUGAAAUAGAAAAGGAUGAAAAAGAAAAUGAAGAUAAUUGUUUUAGUGAGAUCCAUCAAACAAAAGCGGUGAACAGUAAGGAGAUUUUGAAUCAGAGCUUCGAAGAGAGCAAUUCCUGGACUGAAACACAAGAUAAAGAGAUUGCACAAGCAUCUACACCACCUCCAGGAGCCGAAAUCAUUCAAGUCAGUGAAAUUGAAAAAGAAACAUCUAUUGGGGCAAUUGAGCAACAAAUCAUAGAAAAUGAGAACUCCAUGUAUACAUUGAAAGAUGUGGAUCAGGUGCGAUUUCAGAACAUGAGUACAAGAUCAAUAAUCAUUGAAGCACAAACAGAUGAGCAAACUGGUUCCAAUGAGAAUAACGUAAUGGGUGAGGCGAACAAUGGAAAUACUGUGAUUCAAAUAUCUGAAGUAAGUGAUCAUUGCGGUGGAAAUCAAGAUCAAGAGGUUUCUCAAGGAUUUACACAUCUUACAAAGGUUGAAAACCUUGUUCUAAGCAAUGAAGAAUUCACAAGUAUCUCUAGUGAAGGCAUCCAAGUUAGUGAGGUCAGUGAAGAAGCAACAAUUGACGAACAACAAUGUAUGUUAGAGAUUACAAAUAGGGAAAAAUCAGGUGUUUUUUCAUACGAAGCCAAAGGAGUGGAGGGUUUACUAGAAAAGGAGAAUUCCGUCAGCAUCAUGGAAGAUGUGAUUCAGGACUUAAAUGCCCAAAGAGGCAGCAUUGAAGUACAAAAGACUGAAAAUACAAAUGCAAACUCUUCUUUAAAUGAUAUUCAUGAAUUACAAGCAGUUAACCAUGACGAUUUUCUAAAUCAAAACUACGAACAGAGCAACUCUUGCAGCGAAAAAAUAGACAAGGAUACUGUUAAAGCAUACACACCCCAGCUAAAAGCCAGAACCUUUGAUCCAAGCAAUAAUGAAUGCACAAUGAUGCCUAGUGAUGAAUUAAAAGUGCGCGAAGAUGACAAUAAAACAACAAUUCAGGAGCAACAAUGCUGUGCAAAGAAUGAGCAUCCGAAUGGCGUGUGUUCAGAUGAGGUUAUGAGAGUGAAAAAUGUAGAAGGGAAUCAGAAUUUUAUGAACAUAAUUAAAAACAGAGACCAGGACAUGACGUCUGAAUCAGAUAACACAGAUGUACUACAGGAUGAGAAUACACACAACCAAGCUGAUUCCGAAGACAUUAAUGAAAUAGAAGCGAUCAACAAUGAGGAGAUUGUGAGUCAAAGCAGCAAAGAGAGUAACUCUAGCAGCGGAAAUGAAGAUCAGGACUUUUAUCGAACAUUUAUACCACAUCUUGAAGCCAAAAAUGAUGUCCAAAGAAAUGAUGAAUGUAGUAGUAUAUGCAGUGAAGAUAUUCAAGUCACUGAAAUGGUAGUAAAAGCAGCAGCUGAUAAGAAGCAAUGUACUUCACAGGAUGAAGAUCCAAAUAAGACAACUGAUGUGUCUUCAAAUGAUGUCACAAGAAUGGAGAUUGUACAAGAAAAUGAAAUCUCCAUGAACAAAGUGGGUGAUGUAGACCAGGAAAAUUUAUCCCAACAAAUCAUCCAUGACAAAAGUGCUGUAUCAGACAACAUUGAAGUACUACAAGCUGAAAACACAGAUGUACAAACUGGUACCAAAGACAUUCAUGACACAAUAUUGGUCAACAAUGAGGAGGUUACGGAUAAAAGCUCUGAUGAGAAAGGCUCUUAUUGUGAAAAGAAUAUUCAAGAGACUAAUGAUGCAUGUGCACUACAAGUAGAAGUUAUACAUCAUGCUCCUACCAAAGAUGAAUGCACUAGGAUCUGUAGCGAAGAGUUUCAAGUCAGUGAAGUGGAGGAUAAAUCAACAAUUGACAAAAACAAAUGUAGUUCAGAGACGGAUGAUCCAAAUAAGACAAAAGAGGGUGUUUAUUCACACAAGGACAUGAAUUCCCAAUCAAAUGAUAUACAGAAGGAUGAGAAAACAAAUGAACAAAUUUUCUCCGAUGAGAUUCAUGAAACGGAAGGGUUCAGCAAUCAGGAGACUGUGAAUCAAAGCUUCGAAGAGAACAACUCGUAUAGUGGAAAGAAAGAUCAAAAGAGUUCUCCAACAUCUACACUGCUUCUAGAAACCACAGACCCAACUUCAAGCGAUGAUGAGUGGACUAGGCCACCAGGUGAAGAAGUUAAAGUUGAUGAAGUUGAGGAAGAAGCAGUGAUUGUGGAGCAACGAUGUAAUGCUGAGAAUGGGGAUCCAAAUAAAAUAAAAAAUGUUGUUUUACCAAUUGAGGUUGGGAGAGUAGAAAUUAUACAAGACAAUGAGAAUCAUCAUAACAUAGUGGAAGACGUGGAUCAGAAAGGGACAUUCCAAGACACAGAUACAGAAGCAGACAGCAUUGAAGCACAGAGGAAUGAAAAGGCACAUAAAGAAACAAGUUUAUAUGAGAUUCAAGACACAAAAGUGGUCAACCAAAAGGAGACUGUCAAUCAGAGCUCUGAAGAGAACACUUGCGGUGAAAAACAAGAUCAGGGUACCGCUGAAGCAUCUGAAAUUCGAAGAAAAGACGAAUGCACUAGAAUCAAUGGAGAAGAAAUUCAAGUCAGUGAUGUAAAGGAAGAAGUUGCAGAUGAGAAGCUGGAACGUAGCUUUGAGACUAAGAAUGUAAAUAAGAUAACAAAUGGUAUUUGUCCAUCUGAGGUCAAGGGACUGGAGAUUGAACAAGAAAAUGAGAGUUCCAUGAACAUUGAACAAGAUCUGGAUAAGGGAGCUGUACAGGGAAAAAUUCUUCAACCAGAGAGCCAUGAAGUGCAGCAGGUUGACCAAACACAUAUGAAAACUUGCUUGAAUAAUUUUGAUGAAACAGAAGCAGUUAGGCAGCAUGUAGAGAUUGAGGAUCAAAGUUCCAAAGAGAGCGACUUUUGUAAUGAUAAACAAGAUCAAGAAAUUGCUAGAGCAUCUAAGCCAAAUAUAGAAGCUGAGUAUCCUGUAAUAGAUAAAAGUACAAUGAUCUCUAGCAGUAAAGUUGAGGAAGAAGAAACAAUUGAGAUACAGCAAUGCAACUCUGAAGAUCCAAAUGACAUAAAACAUGAUGUGUCUUCAUAUGAGAGAAUUGAGGAAGAUAAUGUCAUUGAGAGCGAACUUAAUCAACCUGUAGGCACUGAAACAUCUGGACAAAACGGUAACAUAAAGAAGGAUGGUUUGGAUCUAAGUCAAUCUGCUAAAAAGUCCAAUGACCACACACAAUUAAUAGAAUACAACACAGCAGCAGGGUUGGAAUCAGAGCAUCAUAAGCAUGAAAAUGAGGAUCCAAGGGAAAUGACCAACCGCUUCGAAGAAGAGGUGAAACAUACUUAUGAAUCAAUCUCGACAAAUGAGAUAGACACGGUCAGUGAAAAGGUCAAGUAUGUGGAGCUAGGUGCAUCAAUUGCAGGAGAGGUAUCAAGUGUGCAAUAUGUCUUGGCCCCCGAAUUUGGUAUUUCAAGAGAGAGCAUUGACAAGGAGGGCAAACAGGGGGUAGAUACUAUUAAAACCAAGGGUCUUUUGGAAAGAAACAAUAUGAAGGCCCUUGAAGUCAGUUCAACUGACGAAAUUCAACAUUUAAGUGUCAUAAAAGAGUUUCCUCACAAGGUUGAAGCCGAAGAGGUCGAACUGAUUAAGCUAACUGAAAUAGAUCAUGAUUUCCAAGAUAAGGCUUCUACAGAACUACAUGCAAAGAAAUUUUUUGAAGACCAGGAGUUUGAUGAUGCCAAACAUGAAGAAAAACUUUCCAAAGCUACAAUAUCCGAUGUAAACAGUCAAGAUGUCACUGAAAUAACAACAGAUGAGACUGUACAAAAACAUAAUUGGCAAGCAAGUGAACCACUAGACCAGCUGCAAGAGCCAUCAUCUAAAGAAUGUGAGCAAAAGAUUGAAAGUUGCAAAACUGAAGAUAGAGAUGAGAGCACCAAAACAAUGAAAGGUCAGAAGGAUGAAAAGCCAAAUGACUCAUCUGAAAAGACAUCACAAGAGACAUGCUCGUUAGAAGAGGAACAAAGAGAGCUAGAAGUAUCAAACUCAGAUUUUAUACCAAGUGUGGUCUUACUGAAACCAGUAGUGAAAGAUGUGACAAAAGAUAUAUCACACAAGCCAGAGCCUGAAAACGAGUCAUCAGAAUUUCAAGGUGCAACUUCUGCCUCAGAAUAUGAACUAAAUUCAGAACUUGAGAUGUCGAUGUACAGUUGCUCACAAGAGAGCAAAAAGGAGAAUGAAUGCCAGUCUUUAGAGAAGUCAGAACAAACCAACGAUAUUUCUGUUCAAUAUGAAUCAUCACCUGAACUUAUUUCCGAAAGAAACGUUGUAAAUAUGUGUGAGAUAGCCUCUGAUAUUCAAGAAAGAAAUGAAAUCUCUGAGCAUAUUGCUAAACAAUAUGAUCAAGAAUGGAUAAAUUCAGAAGAUUGCAACGAAGACAAAAGGCAAAAGGCAGCAAAAACUCAGCUCACAAUGGGAGAAAAUAAAAGCAAGGACAGUGAAGAAUACAAAGAUCCAAUAUGUGAUACUACAAUUACAGAGGUGAGCUCUAUUGAUGACUCUAUGAAGGAAGCUUAUAAGCAACUAAGUGAGAAAAAUGCUUUUGUGCAAGUUAAUCACCUAGUUCAAAACCAUGAAAUUCUACAUAAAGUAACUGAAUCCAAUGAGAUGAAUGGAUCAAAUUCACAAGAGGCUCUUCUGCAAAGAGACAUGGGGGAUGAUUUUGAUAUCAGCACAUCUGUGGAAACUCAGAAGAUAAAUGACAGGCAAAUGUUUCCUCCAAACGCUGUAGAGAUUGAUAUAUUAUCUGCAAGAGAUGCCGAAGAAAUUACAGAUGUAGAUGAGUUAGAACGAGAUUCAAGUGAUGAGAGUUCAAAAGAAACCAAAGCAAAUCAGUUCUCAGAAAAGCUGGAGCAAGAUGAUGCAAAAGGAGAAAAUAAAUGUCAAGAUCAAAUGGCUAUUCUCAUGCAUUACCAAGAUGUCAUAGAAACAGAUGUUGUAGCAAGGCACAUUACCCAGGCAAAUGAAACGAAUGAGAAACUUCAGGCACCAGUGUAUCAGAACCUUGAGGAGACAAAUGAAACUACUAAACCAGUUGCAGAAAUUGAAGGGAAAACAGAUGAUAGCUUAUCUGAAAAACAAGUGAAAGAGAUAUGUGUGCCAGAAAAAGAACAAAAGGAGCUUAAAGUCCUAAAUUUGAAAGAUGAACCUAACGACGAUUCACUGUCAAAGCAAGAACUAGUAGAAAUAGUCCAGACCACUGGUGAUUCAACAAUGAAAGAGCCUGAAGACUUGUCAGUGGAGUUAGAGGCUACUACUUCUACAGCAAAGACCGAGACAAGCACAGAACCAAUGAAUUAUUCUGAGCCUUCCUCACAAACAAUAAAAUAUAAAACCAAGGUGCAGGAUUUAAAAUCCACUGAGUUCCAUGAGCUGACAAAAAGUUCUCAGGAGGCACUAGAGCGCAAAGGUGAGGAGCUGGCUAAAUCAGAAAAAACUCUUCAGGAAAAGGAUCACCAGACAAAAAGCAAUGAGCUCAUAGCAGAAGAAAGAAGUUUGAACAACUUUGGAGCACAUGUAGCCGCAACAGAUGUGGUGAAUUAUGAUAAAAUUGCAGUACUUUCGAAUGAUCCUACACUCGCACAACAAAACCUGCAGGAAACUAAGUCACAUGAUAACGUAGAAAAGAGGAAAAUGGGGGAAGAACAGGAGAUGAUGACUGAGUUCAGCAAUUCAUUUGUCGAUGAUGGAACAGAUGCCAAAGCUACAAGACAUGAGCUACUUGAGCACAAGGACUCCGAAGGAUUAAACGAAAUCCAGAAUGUGAGAGAACUCAACAUUCUACAUAUUGAAGAAAAAGAGCAAGAACAGCAAGAAAAGUGUGAAAAGCUUCUGGACUCAUCUCAAUUUCAAGACUCAUUGAGUAAUAUCCCUAAAGAGGCAAGCAUUGAUGAUAUAAAGCGACUACAGGCUGAUAAUAAAGAAGAACACAAUGAAACUGAAGUAUAUGCACAAAAGGGCUUAUCUACAAUUGAGUCGAAAAGAAUUGGAGUCACCUCAAAUGAUCCUGCCAAAGAAAACUCAGAGAGAGCAGUAACAGUUGACAAUUCCAGCAUAGCAAAGAACGAGUAUUCAGAACAAAUACCCGAAAACCAGAACAAAGCCCAAAUCAACUCAAUCACAUUGGAUACAACCAACAAACAACAAGAAAUCAUUCUACAAAGAGACACAAACAAAAGCAGAGAAGAUGCAGCAUUGAAACCCAAAGAAUCGGAACUGAAGUUACCUCUAAUAUCAGAAGGUUUAAGGGAAAUAGACCCAAAAACAACCCAGAAAAGAUCACAAAACUUAUUAUCAGGAGUUGGGUCAAAAGUGAAACAUUCAAUUUCCAAAGUGAAGAAAGCCAUAGCAUGCUCAUCAUCUCAAUUUCAACCUGAAGAAGUCAUAGUAAAGCUAAAUAAAAAUAAGAAAAACUAAGAUAAGCCAUAAACAUAGCUUGAAUUGUUCUUCAAAAAACUUUUUUUAGUGAUUUUUAAUAAUGCUGCUACUAUAUGUAAUUCAGCAGAACAUUGAUAUAUGAUAUUGCUUAACAUUGUGAGGUUGAAUUUGUGUAAUUGAAACGUGAGUGAUUGAAUUGUGUACUCCAUCUGUUCCCUUUUAAUUGCCUCAUUCCCCAA